AUGGAGAACAUUUUCGAUAGUGGGAGACGUGACUACGUUCCAGAUGAAGCUGUCCUCGAAGAUGAACAGUUAUCUGAAGAAGAGUACACUUAUACCAACAACCCUGACACGGGACGAGAGUACACUACGCAGGAUAAUAACGAUGCGAUCAAGGGAAAGAGGCACCAACGCACGCAGUCGCUCGAAGCCUUAGCGAACCCUCCAGAGUCGAAAAGACCAAGUCGAUACCCCACCAUGGCUGAGAUGUCUGCGACAGCGCAUGACAGUCCCGACGUUGAGACGGCCUACAUCGUGGAUUCAGUGGGAGAAAUGCCGACAACGCUCAAGUCAGCAAUGGAAUCCAGCGAUGCAGUCCACUGGAAAGAGGCAUGCGAUUCUGAAAUAACUUCACUUCGCCAGAAUGCGACCUGGGAGCUUGUACCGCUACCAAAGGGGCGCAAGGCAAUCGGCAAUCGAUGGGUUUUUCGGGUCAAGGAAACCAAGGAUGGGACAAUCGAGCGGUUCAAAGCGCGUUUGGUGGCCAAAGGUUUUCUGCAGAAACAUGGCAUCGACUAUGAAGAAACUUUUUCUCCGGUGGCCAAGUUUACGUCAAUCAGGAUCUUACUCAGCUUGGCGGCAAAGCACAAUCUGAUGCUUCACCAGAUGGAUGUCAAGACAGCCUUCCUGAACGGAAACCUAGAUGAAGACAUCUACAUGACACAACCGGAUGGCUAA